GAGUGGUGCGGGGGUGGGGACGGUGAUUCCCACGUGGUGCGGUGUUUCGGUCGCCGUCUUUGGUCGUCGCUGACUUUCUGGGCCUGGGCAUCCGCUGCCUGCGGAGAUGCCGAAGAUUAAGUCGGGGGCGAGUGCCCGUCGCCUCGAGCGGCAGCGACAGCGCCGGGAGCUGAAGAGCGCCGGAGGACUCAUGUUCAACACCGGGAUUGGGCAGCACAUUUUGAAAAAUCCUCUCAUUGUUAACAGCAUUAUCGAUAAGGCUGCCUUAAGACCAACUGAUGUGGUGCUGGAAGUUGGACCUGGAACUGGCAAUAUGACUGUUAAGUUGCUAGAAAAGGCAAAAAAGGUAAUUGCCUGUGAACUUGACCCAAGGCUAGUAGCUGAACUGCACAAAAGAGUUCAGGGCACACCAUUGGCCAGCAAACUUCAAGUAAUGGUGGGUGAUGUGCUGAAAACAGAUUUGCCAUUCUUUGAUGCUUGUGUGGCAAAUUUGCCUUAUCAGAUAUCUUCUCCUUUUGUCUUCAAGCUGUUGCUGCACCGACCUUUUUUCAGAUGUGCUAUACUUAUGUUUCAAAGAGAAUUUGCUCUCCGACUGGUUGCAAAACCUGGAGAUAAGUUAUACUGCCGACUGUCAAUUAAUACACAGCUGUUAGCACGUGUGGAUCAUCUAAUGAAGGUUGGAAAGAAUAAUUUCAGACCACCACCCAAGGUGGAAUCCAGUGUUGUAAGAAUAGAACCUAAGAACCCGCCACCGCCUAUCAAUUUUCAGGAAUGGGAUGGCCUAGUAAGGAUCACCUUUGUGAGGAAAAACAAGACACUCUCUGCUGCAUUUAAGUCAAGUGCAGUACAGCAGCUAUUGGAAAAAAACUACAGAAUUCACUGUUCAGUCCAUAAUACUAUAAUACCAGAAGAUUUCAGCAUAGCAGAUAAAAUACAGCAAAUCCUAACCAGCACAGGUUUUAGUGACAAGCGGGCCCGUUCCAUGGACAUAGAUGACUUCAUCAGAUUACUACAUGGAUUCAAUGCAGAAGGUAUCCAUUUUUCUUAGGUAUCUGGAAAACAGAAUUUUUCAAACUCAACAAAAGAAACUGGAAUUAUAUAUUUUUAAUUUAAGAAGAUGAAGUAUGCUUAUCCUCCACUGGGACAUUGUGUUUAACUAUUUUUGAUUUAAUGCUACUGUUAUUACCAAUUAUUAUUCUGAAUUUCCUAAGGUAGUUAAGUAAGUCGAUUUAAGUACCCAAGUUUUUUUGGUUUUGGUUGGUUUUUAAUUUCUAACACAGGACAGGGUCCAACUAUAUACAUGAUAAUCUUCAAGCCCAAUAGCCGCAUUCACGCACACCUUGACACUUAAACUUAUCAUUUUUAACAGGUUAUUGUGUAAAGAUGUUACUCUUCUAUUUUCUAUAUUACGGUGAGGACCUCUUUAGGCCUUUAGCUGUUUAGGCCUUUGUUCCUCAGCUGUAACAUUUAAGUGCUUAACUGAGCCACAUAUUCACCAUACUAUUUCUUCUUGUUCAUGUUUACAGUAAAACAAUUUUCUUAUGAUGUUUUAAUUUUCUGUUAAUCCUAUACUACUUCUAUCACUGCCUACCCCUUUUAAACUUUCCUGUAGCAUCAGUUAUAUCAGGUUCUGGGUAAGCUUGAGUCUGCUACUGAGACCAUGUGGCGCCAGACAAUUUACCUCUGGGCAUGUUUUCUUACCUAUAAAAUGAGGAUGCUCAACUAGAAUGUAAAAUGAAUUAUAAGACUAAGUUUUUUCUCGAGGAGAGUCAGGUUUAACAAAAUUUCCAAAGAUUUUAGAAAUCAAAACUUGAUUUAAAAUCUCUGCCUAUCAACUUGAUUAAUAGACAAAAAAACUCAACCAGUAGUUUUCCCACAAGAACAGACUUUCAGUAUUCCUAUAAAUUCUGGAUAAUUAAAAUUUCCAGUACUUUUUCAUAUACCUGAUUAGUUUUCAGCUAUUUUUAAAAUGUAAGGUUAAGAAUGUCGUCAACAGGUGUCGUAACCACAUCUUUAAUUUGCUAUGUUUAAAUCAUUAUCGAUAUAAUACUAA